GGGGUCUCGCCAUGUUACCCAGGCUGGUCUCCCAACACCUGGGCUCAAGCAGUACUCCUGCCUUGGCCUCCCAAAAUGGGGGACUACAGAUAUGAGCCACCACGCCUAGCUCGUUUUAUUAGGGAGGACAAGGAUAGUAGACAGGUACACCUAGGGUCUUAUUGCUUUAAAUUGUUUCAGAGAUUUAAAUUUCAGAAGCUACUGAAUAACCAAAAUUGUUUACUUACUACAAUUUUAGGUCACCAAAUGGGUGGCAGUUUGAUUGGACUGUGCAGGGACUGAAGGACUCACCCCCAGGCCCAGAGUUGCUGGCCUCCCUGAGGCUCUGCUGCCUCCGUGGGACUGAGUGCUGGGAAAGGGGGCAUUUCGGGAGCCUGGCAGGACCCUACCCUGCACGUGGGCCCUGGCAGUGCGUUUCCUCCAGGUCGUGGCUGCAGUGUAAUCACUACCUGAAAAUGCUGCAAAACGUGCCCUUUACAACAAUAGUAGUACAAAUAAACAUUUAGACACUUCACACUCAGAGGGCUUUUUCUCAGGCUUUUUAUUUCACAAUUGAUGCUAAAAAGUGCUUUAAAAGGUAAUAUUCAACCAUCUUUUUUUUUGCUGCAGAAAUAAAGUUAUUUAUUACAACACACCCAUGGUAGCAAGUUCUGAUGGCCCUGAAGAGAAGGCAGAGGCACUGUGUUGAGCUUCUAAACAUCAUCCUGCCAGGGAGGGACCCUGACAGGUGCUUGGCUGAUGUGCUGUGGCCGAGGCAGGAAGGAAGUUACAGAAUUCCACGAAGGCAGAAGACUACCAGUAGACAGGUCCCAUGUCAUCACACCUGUGAGAGUGGCAGUGGUCUGGUGGCCACAGAGAUACCUGACAGCAUGGGUCUGGAGCCGGCGAUUGGCUGGCUUCGAGGCUCCUUCGGGAGGUGCCUGGACCCCAAUGGAUGGCCCCAGGCCUCACACUUCGCCCUUGAGGUUUGCAGAGGGUGCCAGAAGUGACCCCAGAAAGGGUACUCUGAGGUGCUGGGGUCCCUACCCAGCAGCCUGGGGCUCUGUCUGCAAGUGGCCGUGUCGUGGCCAUGCUGAACAGCUGUGAUUCCAGAGUUGCGCCUGCCUCCUUUGCUCUGCUGGGAAGGCUCCGGUGCUCUCCCCACCUUCUCGAAUCUUUGCUCAGAUAUCAAGAUACCACCUUCCCAGCGAAGGCUGUCUGAUUAUUGGAAUUUGCACCGCCUCCAUCCAAAUAGUCCUGUUCUCUUUGCCUGCUUUAUUUUUCUCAAAGUAAUCAUCACCAUGUGACACACUGCAUUUCCCUGCUCUGUAUUUUGAAGUCUGUCUGUCCUGCUGGAAUGCAGUCUUCUCGAGGGCAUAGUCUUGGUUUCAUUCUUUGCUGUACUUCCAGUGUCCAGGACAGUGCCCAGCAUGGAGCAGCUGCUCAGCCAAUGCUGUGGUCUUGAUGGGACUGCAUUCGCUUUACGUCAUUGAAGCUGCUGGCAUGGAAGUGGUGCUGUGGCAUUAUGACGCCGUGCCCAUCCAGUCCAGCGUGGUGUUAUGUUCCUGCCCAUCCCCAUCAAUGGUGAGGACCCAGACUGAGUCCAGCACGGCCCCUGGCAUUCCUGGUGGCAGCAGGCAGGGCCCCACCAUGGACGGCACCGCAGCCGAGCCUCGGCCCGGUGCCGGCCCCCUGCAGCACGCCCAGCCUCCACCGCAGCCUCGGAAGAAGCGGCCUGAGGACUUCAAGUUUGGGAAAAUUCUUGGGGAAGGCUCUUUUUCCACGGUUGUCCUGGCUCGAGAACUGGCAACCUCCAGAGAAUAUGCGAUUAAAAUUCUGGAGAAACGACAUAUCAUAAAAGAGAACAAAGUCCCGUAUGUAACCAGAGAGCGGGAUGUCAUGUCGCGCCUGGAUCACCCCUUCUUUGUUAAGCUUUACUUCACGUUUCAGGACGACGAGAAGCUGUAUUUCGGCCUUAGUUAUGCCAAAAACGGAGAACUACUUAAAUAUAUUCGCAAAAUCGGUUCAUUCGAUGAGACCUGUACUCGAUUUUACACGGCUGAUGUGUCUGCUUUAGAGUACUUGCACGGCAAGGGCAUCAUUCACAGGGACCUUAAACCGGAAAACAUUUUGUUAAAUGAAGAUAUGCACAUCCAGAUCACAGAUUUUGGAACAGCAAAGGUCUUAUCCCCAGAGAGCAAACAAGCCAGGGCCAACUCAUUCGUGGGAACAGCGCAGUACGUUUCUCCAGAGCUGCUCACGGAGAAGUCCGCCUGUAAGAGAUUUUACAUGAGGACCCAUGGCGUGGCCCAGCAGGAGUUGCUCAAGCCCCGUCCUAACAGGCUUUCUGAGGACACAUCAGCCCAGCUGGGCGCCUGGAAUUACGGGCAGAGGGGCUGUGGCAAGGCGGCCGAUGUGUGGACUAAACACCUGCACACGUCACCCUGGGCAACCUCGAGUGACUGCCGGUGACUCGCUAGUUACGGAGUGCUAGUUACACGCAGCUCAGUGCACGUCUGUGCCGAGGCUCUGGCAUGUUAGGGUUUGGAGCUGGCAUUUUUCCUCCAAGCCUGGAGGGCGAUGCUUCCUGCUGGGAACCUGCUCACGGCCACGCCACUGGGUUGGGUGCUGUGUGGGGCUCAGGCCUGCAGCCUUGUGCACAUGUCUCAGUCACCUGGCACCUCAUUUUACCCCAUUCAAAGGGAAGACUGUGGCUGGCUGAGAGGGUCACUUCCAGCUCUUCCCAAAGACUGCCAUCUGUAAUGUGCUGCAUUUAGGGACUGCACACCUCCCUUAACAGCCUUAAGAGCAGAUUCCACAGGUCCAGCCUCAGGGCUUCCUCAUGGGUGGUCUCCAGAGGAACCCACACAUGGGACAUGGCAGCUCAGGACAACACCCAGCCACCUACAUAGCACAGGGCCACGCAGGAUAGGGACGAGAGCCUCAGAGUCACAGGCUUCCCGGCCCCGCACGGGUCCCGCACAGCCCCCAUCUCCAGCACUGAGGGCAUGAGUGGCUGCAUCGGGGGCGGGUUAGAGGCAGGCCAGCGAGUCCAGGCGGUUUGUGUCUAGCGCCCAUUUCCGAGCCAAUCCCACUAGGGGCAGACUGAGAUAAAGUGAAGCCUGGACUCAAACGGCUCCACGGCAGAACACAAGGGGCUGCCCAGGCGACCAGAGAGCGCGCACAUGAAAGACACUGCCUGCCAAAGAGACAGGAGUGGGCAGCGUGGGUCACAGCCUCAGAGCGGGGGCAGGGCUAGGCCACAGCUCCCGUCACCCUGCGUGAACUCGGAGGAGGCAGGCAGAUGCCGAGGCCCAGAGACCCAGAGCAAAAAGGGAGUGAGACGCUGCCCAGUACAGACCGAUGCACAGACACGGACGCCGGGGAGCAGGGCCACGCCCGCACGCAGGUGCCCAGAAACCCUCAGUCUUCAUGGCAAGGCCUCGGGCUGUUCUGAGCCAAGCCAGCACUACAACACACAGGCAGGCCAGCCUGGGCCCAACGCGUGUGGGUGCUGUCCCUGCACCACCACCACUCAGAAUGGAACACGGCAGCUGGCAGCAGCAGGUACAGUCCAGGUGAUGGCACAGGGAUACUACCCUUGGGCUGUCCUUGAGGGAGAGCAGGCCAGGGAACCAGGGCCCUGAGGCACACCAUGGGCAUCACCGGGCAUGUCUCACACACCUGCUCAGACCACCUCAGUCACAGCAGGGAGGAGCCCCUCGCCCCCUUGUGUCGCCAGCUGGAGCCUGCACAGAGGGAGCCCUCCAAGGAGCUGCAGCCGGGGAGGACCCCACAGCCACAGGGUCCCCAGGCCUCCGUGUCCGGCAGCUGUGCCUGCCCAUGGCCUCAGCACCAGAACGUGGGCCCCAGCUUCACAGUACAGGGCCUGCUCCUCCCUGGGAGCCCAGGCUGCAGGCAUCUGUGUCUUAAGUGGAGCCCGUGGCACCUUCGUUGGGCCCUUGCCCCCAAAGCUAAGGCACCUGUGCUCAAAAGUCGGCUUACCUUCCUCUGCGAGGUCUUUGUUAAUCACCAGCUUGCCAUGUCUCAGGUAGUUCAGCACGGGCCCAAAAUAGGUGGGGUCUCUGUCGAUUAAAUAGGCACCUGUUUCAUCCUAAA